AUGGCAGCUUCCAACCUCACCCCCUCUGGCCCUUCAACAUUUAUCCUAAUGGGCAUUCCUGGUCUGGAAGCUGCCCACGGCUGGAUUUCCAUCCCUUUGUCUAUAUUCUACCUUAUCGGCCUGUUGGGAAAUUUCAUGGUUCUGUUUAUUGUAGGCAAAGAGCAGACCCUGCACAAGCCGAUGUACCUGCUGCUCUGCAUGCUGGCGCUCACAGACAUUGGCAUAUCUACCUCCGUCAUGCCGAAGGCACUGUGUAUAUUUUGGUUCAAUUUGAAAGGCAUUACUGUGGCUGGCUGCCUCACCCAGACAUUCUUCCUUCACGGAGUUUCUAUUAUGCAGUCAGCCGUCCUCGUGACAAUGGCCUUCGAUCGCUAUGUCGCUAUAUGUAACCCCCUGAGAUACACCACCAUCCUCACCAACACACGAAUAGCUAAGCUAGGGCUAGUGGGUUUGAUAAGAGCUGUUCUCUUCAUGCUGCCCCUACCCCUGCUCCUGAGCAGGCAGCCAUUCUGUGCCAACCGCAUUAUCCCCCACACGUACUGCGACCACAUGGCUGUGGCGAAGAUGUCGUGUGGGGACAUCACAGUCAACAGAGCCUAUGGCUUGGUGAUGGCAUUUGUAGUCUUAGGGUUAGACCUGAUGCUCGUUGCCCUGUCCUACAGUCUGAUCAUCAGGGCUGUCCUCAGAAUCUCCUCAAAGACAGACUACCAGAAAGCCCUCAACACCUGCACAGCCCACAUUUGUGUCAUGCUGAUGUCUUGUACUCUCUUCUUCUUUUCCACUCUAACACACCGGUUUGGUCAGGGUAUUGCGCCACACAUUCACAUCAUCUUGGCCAACCUCUACUUCCUUGUUCCCCCCAUGCUCAACCCUAUCAUUUAUGGGGUCAAAACUAAAGAGCUUCGUGACAAAGUGGGCAAAUACACCUUCAGAAUAUGCUUGUCAGGAGGCCACUGA